AUGGCCCUGUGGCCACUCCGCGUCUACACACGCAAGAAGCGGGUGGGCCAGAGGCUCAACCUCACCCCGGCGCUAGACCAAGGCCUCCCCGUCAAGACCACCGAAGCCCCACCAGGCCCAAGGCGGGGCCUGCGCUAGAAUGGUUUGCUAAAGAUUGCCGAGAAAGAAGAACAGAGCAGGCUAGGUGGAGGUGGUGGCUCUGCGGGGUCAAGUGCUCAGUUACAAGCUACAGGAGAAGAUACUCGAAAAGAAAAUAGCAUGAGAGAAGAGACCCCAAAUGAGAUGAUCCUGCCACUGAGUGAAUCAGUGACUGAUGACUUCCAGGAUGACAGUAGUUCAUCAAAUAGUGAUCUAGUGUCAGGACAAAGUUUGCUACAUGAUACUCCCAGUUCUGUCCUGAGCUCUUCAGUUACGGACUUUUAUGCAGAAUUCAGAAGCAAUACUGAAGAGAGUAUAAGUAGCUUCUCAUCACCUGAGCAGUUUAGAAGGUCUGAUUGUUUGGACUGGGAAUGUCCCAACUCAAAAGAACAUAGACAGUGCAAGAAUUCCACUCUUUUGGAUAUCAGUAAAGCAGUAGCGAUAGAGAAUGUCACGCAGUUUUCAAACUUUUCUGCAAUUGUGGGUACCUUUUUGGAAAACUCUCAGAAAGGCCAUAGAAAAAUAUUGAUGACAUUAGCAGACCAAGAUAUUUCUCCAAAUUCAAAGUGUACUUCAAAGCCAGCAUCAGAUAAUGCAGCUUGUGAGGCUUUACUUGCUGAGAAAACUUGCCUUCCAGCCCUUGAAAAUACAAAGCAAAAAAAAACAAAUGCUGUUAUUCUUGAUGAGAAGAACAGAUGCCUGUUAACAAGUACUCCAUCUUCAAAGAAAGUCAAUUUUGUGGUUGAAUUGUCCUCAGUGCGAAAAGCAACUUUUGAAGAACUGUUUCCAAAUGUCAGCAAUUAUGUUAAUUCAGAUGAAGUCACUCCUAUAUCAAGUUCACAAGAAAAUUCAAAUGAGUUUCCUUUAGAUGAACCAGAAAUUUGUUACAUUAUUAGGGCAUCACCUGGAACUAGACAAAUUAAAAAUAAAGAUGUUAUUAUAAAGAAGAAGAAAUAUUCCCCUCCUAAGGAUGUUCCUCAAGGUAUAGUAGCAUGA